UUUCAGCGUAUGGAUGAAAAGGCAACACAAUCCGCGUUCGAAUUAUCACAAAAAGCCGUAUAUUAUGAUCAGGGUAAAAAGUAUGAAGAAGCGAUUUUCUGUUAUACCGAGGCUGGAAAUCAGUUGCUCAGAUUAGUUCAGGAAAAGAAAUGUCUGCCAAUUUUUCGAAAAAAUGUAAUGGAAUGCAUAAAUCGAGCAGAAUUCCUAAAAUCAAAUAUCCAGAACCUUCAACAACAAUAUCCUCCAACAACAGAUGACAUAGCGCAUAAUGUUGAAUAUUUGAUGGUGAAAGCCGCAGUAUUUCAAAACUACGAAAACCAAGUGGAUGAAGCUCGACAAGUAUACGAGAACGUUGUAGAGCAAUGCCUUGGAGCUUCAAGAAAUCGAACUCUUCCACAGGAAACAUUAAAAAGACUAAGAUCCACCGCCGAAAAUGCAUUAAAGUGUAUAGAAGAUCUUGUAGCUUUGAAAAAGAAAGUCACAGAGGUGGAAUUGCUUUUUCCAGAAGUACCAGUAGAUGAUCUUUCAAAUUUAAAUUUCAAUAAUCAACCGUCUCCUUCCACUCCAUCAAAUCAGCCAUUUAAAUCUCCAACUCGGAAUUUUCCUCCUUCUCCAUCGAAUUCUCAAAAAUUCACAAAGGAAGAACUGGCAGUCUUGUUCACAACUUCGAAUAUUAACAACAAACUUUAUGUUCCAUUUCACAAUUACGACAAAGUGAAUGAAUUCAAAGGUCAACAAGGCAAAUUCACGGAUCCUGAAGGGAAAAUUAGUUUAACACAAAAACAGAGGAUGAAGUUAAAAUGCUGGAAACGGGUUAGUGAAUUAUUCGAAAAUCCAACGAUAAUCUUCUCAAUUGAUUGCCACACAAUAAAACAAACGGUUAUCUCUGAUUGCUCAUUCAUCUCUUCUCUGUCUAUUGCCGCUCUUUAUGAAAAACGGUUCAAAAAGCAACUUGUAACAAGUAUAAUCUUCCCACAAGAUGCUAAUGGAAAACCAAUUUACAAUCCUGCUGGAAAAUACAUGUUCAAAUUUCACCUGAAUGGUGCAUGGCGGAAAGUUUUAAUUGAUGAUUAUUUCCCAGUUGACGAGAAUAAUCGAAUGAUGUGCUCACAAACAGAGAAUAAAGGAGAACUUUGGGUUUCACUUUUAGAGAAAGCUUAUAUGAAAGUUAUGGGAGGAUAUGACUUUCCUGGAUCUAAUUCGAAUAUUGACCUAAAUGCUCUAACCGGCUGGAUUCCUGAAAGAAUUGAAUUGUCCGAUACUUCGAAGGCAGAUCCGGACGAAGUUUUUCGUAAGCUCUUCGACAGAUUUCAUCGUGGAGAUUGCCUUAUCACAUUGGCAACUGGAAAAAUGACAGAAGACAUGCAAAAGCGAUCAGGACUCGUUGAAACACAUGCUUAUGCUGUGAUAGAUAUACGUUGUGUUGAGACAAAACGCUUACUCAAAGUGAAGAACCCGUGGACACAUUCAAGAUGGAAGGGAAAUUUCUCAGAUAAGGAUAAAGUCAAUUGGACUGCCAAAAUGAAAAAUGCUUUGGCUUUCGAUCCGGAAGUAGCAGCGGAGAAAGAUGAUGGAAUCUUUUGGAUUGAUUAUGAAUCUGUUCGUCACUUCUUUGAUGUGAUCUAUGUCAACUGGAAUGCUGAUCUCUUUCCAUUCAAAUCUGUAUAUCAUGCCACGUGGACACAAGACACUGGACCGAUUCGAGAUGUUUACACAGUUGGAGAGAAUCCUCAAUACACGCUAACAGUGAAUUUGAAUCAGAAAGCUGCAGCUGUGUGGAUUCUAUUAACAAGGCAUAUCACUGCGAUCGACGAUUUUGCUGUGAACAAAGAGUUUAUCACUCUUAUUGUGUAUGAAACUGGGCAAAAGAUCUAUAUACCAAGCAACCCGCAACCAAUAUCCGACGGUGUUCGUAUCAAUAGUCCAUUGUAUUUAUGUCAACUCUCGAAUAAAAAACCAGGAAUUACCAAAUACACGUUGGUUGUUGCUCAGUAUGAGAAAACCAAUACAAUCAACUAUUCUCUUCGUGUAUUUUCAACAACUGAUGUUAAAUUAGAACCUGUACAGCUUCCCUAUUCAAUUUCCAAAACUACUCGUGGAAACUGGGAUGGCUCUGAUAAAUACCCUAUCAUGAAACUCACACUUCACUCAAAGUCAGAUGAAAUCGCUUUAUUUAUGGAAUUAAAAGCUCCAAAACAGUUUUGUGUCGCUUUGGAAAUGAAACAAAACUCAUCAGAUCGAACUGUUUUCUUGGAAACGAAAAGUUCGGGAGCAUAUCGACCUGGAUACACUGUUCUCACACUGGAAAAAGUUCCAGCAGGAAAGUAUUACGUGAAAAUUUCAACUUAUACGGCAGGCGACAAAGGCCCCUUCAUCCUCCGAAUCGAUUCUACUUGCAAAUUUGACCUCGAGCCCAUUAAACUGUGAAUAUAUAUAUCAAUCUAAUCUCGCACGGUGUCUUUUCAAUUACAACAUUUUUAUCUUCAUCUUUUUUUAAAAUUAGAACUCGGGUUGUAUUUUUAAUUGCCAUUGUAUAAAUUUUUGUAAUUUU